AUGACACAACACAGCAUGAACAUCCCGGAGCGGAUCAGCCCGAGCGGUGGUAGUAUUUCGGACUUCAUGGCUGAGUUGGCGGCGCUGUUCUGGUUUGAGUCGACAAAACUGCUGGAGAAGGUGGAAGGGCUGGACAAGCUGGCUGCAGGAGCGUCGGUCCCACCGCUGGCUCCGACGGCGGCCGCGAGCCAGCAUUUCAAGAAGUGGGUUUCGACAGUCCUGGCGACCACCCAGGUCACACAAAACGUCGUGAUCCUCGCCCUGCUUUACAUCCACCGGCUGAAGAAGGCGAAUCCCACGGUCAGGGGCCGCCCGGGAAGCGAGUACCGACUGUUGACGGUAGCUCUGAUGCUCGGCAACAAGUUCUUGGACGACAACACCUACACGAACAAGACCUGGGCCGACGUAUCCAACAUCUCGGUCAACGAAAUCCACGUCAUGGAGGUCGAGUUCUUGAGUAACAUGCGGUACAGCCUCCUGGUCUCGGCCGAGGAAUGGGAGCAGUGGCUCGACAAACUGACCCAGUUUUGGUCGUACCUGGAGCGAGCGCAGCAGACCGUGUCUCCCACACCGUCUCCGCUCCUGAUCCCAUCGCCAUCACACCGGAACUUUGUCUCCCCCCUACACUCACCAACUGCGACGUUGGCCCCCGGCUUGGCAUCGACGACGCAUUCCUUCACCUUGCAGUCGCCCAAUCUGGCUCCCAUGACGAACGGCAACCAGAAUUGGGUAGCCUCGUAUGGUAGCGGCAACGCAAUCUCACCAUUGGAGUUGAAACCCCAACCGUACUUGCACCGGAAGCGGAGUUUCCCUGAAGACGACUCGGUCGAGCCCCCGGCCAAGCGCACCAGUCGGGCCCCAGUCGGACAGGGGCAGCUCCCGUCGCAGGCGCCAGCGCAGUACUCUUCAACAGCUUCUCAGGCACAAUUCAGCCGUCACACUGUGGGAAAUGUGGCUCCUACGCAGCCACGGCCAGUGUCCGGCCUGCCCCAGGAUCACGGCCGGCAGCAUCUGCCUAGCUUGACGCUGAACACGGCCCAGGCCACCGAUAUGCCAGUCACGCAGGCCCAAGCAUACGCCACUUCGGCGUAUGCACCGCAGCAGGCUCAGCUCUCACUGCCGCCUCUUGCAUCUGGCGUCCGAGCCAUGUCGAUGGUCUUCCCGACCACCACAUAUGCUCCGCCACCAUCCCUGCCUGCCACGUGCGGGGCGAUGACGCCUACCGCGAGCUUCCCGCCUCUCAAUUACGGAACCCCGACAAAGCGACUGUCUCCUCAGAACACGCUAGUGGGCUACCCGACCUCGUCUCCGCUCGUCGUGGGCAAUGGUGGCGCCAGUGGACUGCACACCCCGAUCUCACACUCACCCUCCAUCUACCUCCAGCAGCGCAACAGCCCGUACAAGCCUGUACGACAUGUCAAUACGCUGCUCUACCCGCCGCCGUCGGCGUUCCUACAGCAAUACCACCUGCCGAACCCGGUGUUGCCCAACCAGAUGCACUACCAGCCGCUCGGGAAGCGCAACGAGUAUCGCACCGGUAUCGUCCCCGAGUUUCUAGAUGGCGCUCACCGACUUGCCGGCUACGCCGUCCCACAGAUGCUGCCGAACCCGCACCCGCACGCCCACCAAUCCCGGGGCCAGUAUUUGCCCUUCACUCCACGGGCUGGGGCUCCGUACCCGGGUCAGUACUAG